CUCCACCUUCCUUCCUUCCCUCCACCCGGAGUCCAUUCAGAGCCCUCCCUGGAUGGGACGGUCUGCACACACCAUCGGUCCGCUCGGUGCCCGGUUCCGCGCGAUAUUUUGUGACUGGCCUGUCUGUGCGGUGCUCGUGCUUUAAGCCUGUGCUACUCGGCUCCCUAGACCCGUCGAGGAAUAGGGAGGUCGACAUGACCCGGUUGGGAUUGCGAUUCAUCGCAUCCGCAGUUUGCCUGGCCGGGAUAGUUAGUGGGCAAUUUAACACAUCAAGGCCGCUACCGGUCGUGCCACUGGAACGAGGUGAUAUCGAAGCGCCUUCAAACAUUAACGACGAUGAAUACGACAGUUCGUUGGGAUGGAGAGACAAUUUAAGAGACAGAUUUUUUACGGACAACGAAGGAUACGAGGACCCGAGAAAGCGGAACGUCAGUUCUGCUGACCAUUACACCACUCCCGAAGAGAGAACUCAACUAUGGAAUUACUAUAGAAAUAGGAAUAAUUCUUACGGUCAAAGUUAUCCGAACCGAUAUCCUUACGAUCGAUCAUCGCAGGGCGGCUACGACAGAUAUCCUGAUAGUGGCGGCGCGUCAGGAUCAGGAAUUGACGAAAAUCGACAAGGCAGUUAUCCUACCGGUCAUGGUGAAGGAUACUAUGAGACAUACAGCGGUGCCGGUGAAAGUGAACGAGGAGGAGGAGGGGGAAGAAGUUCUUACAAUUAUGGCCAAGGAAGUUCCGGUGAUACUUACAGUGGCAGUUAUGGGGAGAAUUAUGAUCCGAGAGGCGCGGAUUCUUAUGGUCGUGAAAGCAGCGGUCGUGGUAGUGGAGUUACUUAUGGCAGCCGAGGUGGUUUCUCAGACAACGACAAUUAUCAGAGCAAUUAUCAUGUGGUGCCAAUGCCUGGAGCACCCAGUAAUUGCACUGGAUCAGGAUGCUGUGUGCCCAAGUGUUUCGCUGAAAAAGGUUCACGGGGACCGCCUGGAUUAAUCGGGCCGCAAGGUCCUAAGGGACAACGAGGUUUCCCAGGAGCGGAGGGUCUUCUCGGUCCCAAAGGUGAAAAAGGAGAUCCCGGCCCGCAAGGUCCGCAUGGUGUGAAAGGUGACAGAGGAAAAAUGGGUAUGCCUGGUUUUCCCGGUAUAAAUGGUGUGCCUGGAGUACAAGGAUCACCGGGAUCUCCUGGUUUGCCCGGUCGUGAUGGUUGCAACGGAACGGAUGGUGCUCCCGGACGUGACGGUCUUCCCGGAGAACCGGGACCUCGUGGUUUUCGAGGAGUGUCCGGUCCUAAAGGAGAAAAGGGACAGCCAGCGUAUGCCGGUUCUUUUCCCGUGGGACAAAAAGGUGAACCUGGUAUGGACGGUGUAAGAGGACCUCCCGGUCCACCUGGUUUACAAGGAGAACGAGGCCCGUCUGGCCUGAAGGGUGAACGAGGCUCUUACGGUACUCCCGGCCUACCAGGUCCGAAAGGAGCGAAAGGUAACAUGGGUCUCGGAUUCGAAGGACUGAAGGGAGAUAAAGGUCAAAAAGGAGAUCCAGGACCUCCUGGUACAACUGCGCCUAUUAUGCCAUUCUCAGAAGUAACGGAAGUAACUGGCCCGCCUGGAGAACAAGGACAAAAAGGAGAUAAGGGUGAAAUGGGACCGGAAGCGCAAAAAGGAGAGCCAGGAUUUAUAGGUGAUCAUGGUAUACCCGGAGGAUCAGGUCAAAAAGGAGAAAAGGGUCUUCCAGGAGCUCCAGGUAUUCGUGGUAGAGAUGGUUUUUCUGGACCUCCUGGACCACCUGGACGAAAAGGUGAUCGAGGUAUUGAUGGAUUGGAAGGACUUUCUGGACGCCCUGGCAAGAAAGGAGAACCCGGUCGAGAUGGACCGAUGGGUGUUUCAGGAUUACGAGGACCUCCUGGCCCACCAGGAGGUGGUAAAGGAAGACCGGGACCACCAGGACCAAAAGGACCACGUGGUUUUCCAGGGCCUACUGGACCGCGAGGAACAGAUGGUUUUUCUGGAGAUCCAGGACCAAGAGGUCCCAUAGGCUUACAAGGAGGUCCCGGAUUACCUGGCAUUCCAGGUCCAGAAGGUUUACCGGGAGAAAAAGGUGGAAAGGGUGAGCCUGGUUUGACCGGAUUUCCCGGAGGUCCAGGACCACGUGGAUUUGACGGACCACCAGGACCAUCAGGACCGCGAGGAGCGCCAGGAGAAAAAGGAUUAUCGAUAAUGGGUCCGAAAGGAAUGGAUGGAACGCCUGGUUAUGAUGGAGAGAAAGGUCAGAAAGGAGAACGGGGUUAUGCGGGUGUCCGAGGCCGACCGGGAGAUUCCUUAGAUGGUAUUCCAGGAGCUCCCGGUGCGCCCGGUGAGCCUGGAGAACCGGGAGCAUCAGGAAGAGACGGUAUACCAGGCCUUCCUGGAGAGUUAGGAGAGAAAGGAGAUGUUGGCGGUCGUUGCAUAGAUUGUUUACCAGGAUUGCGAGGUGUUAAAGGAGAUCGCGGUGCAGAUGGUAUUCCGGGUCUUACUGGGCCUCGAGGACCGCCCGGAGAACGCGGUUUCCCUGGAGAACCUGGAUUAGACGGACUACCAGGCGCAAUUGGACCUCCGGGACAACCAGGAAAAGAUGGUAUACCCGGUGCUCCAGGACCUCAAGGAGAAUCUGGAACUCCAGCGACAGUGACAUGGAAUAUGCUUAAGCUAGAAAAAGGUGAUAAAGGAGCGCGCGGCGAAUCUGGUCGACAAGGCCCGCCAGGACCAGAAGGACCUCAGGGAGAAAAGGGAAGACCCGGAUUUGAAGGAUUCCCAGGACUUAAAGGCACUCCAGGAGAUCGUGGAUUCCCAGGACAAGAUGGAGUUCCAGGAAGACCAGGUACACCUGGACGAAAAGGAGAAAAAGGAUUAAGCGUAAAGGGUGAACCAGGAGAAUCAGGUAGACCAGGAUUUGUAGGACAAAAAGGAGAACCUGGCUUAUAUGGUAUUAAGGGUGAAGCUGGUCAAUGUCCACCACUUCGCUUUAUGAAAGGUUUCAAAGGUGAUCGAGGUUUAACUGGAGACAAGGGAGAACCUGGACCACCUGGUUUAGAUGGAUUACCUGGUGAUAAAGGCUUGCAAGGUUUCUCGGGUCCACCUGGUGUACCCGGUCAAAUCGGUGCUCCUGGACCUGUAGGUCCGAGAGGAUUGCCUGGCCCACGUGGUGAUAAAGGUAAUAUGGGACCUAUGGGUUUCCCAGGAGAACCUGGUCGAGAAGGACCUAGAGGUUUCCCAGGUGCCCCAGCUCCGAAAGGUGAUAAAGGAGAGGCCGGAAUAUCUGUGAAGGGCAGUCCUGGUUUACCAGGUCCUCCGGGUGAAAGGGGAGAGAAGGGGCUUCCAGGUCCACCUGGAAAAGAAGGUCCAGUAGGGUAUCCAGGAUUACCAGGUUUUGUUGGAGAGAAAGGAGACAUCGGUGCACCGGGAAUAAAUGGUUUACCGGGAGCACCCGGUGAAAAAGGAGAUACUGGUCCAGUUGGUCCACCUGGUCCUCCAGGUGUAGCUGGUCUUCCAGGAAUCGACGGAAGCAAAGGCGAGCCAGGAUUACCGGGCGAGCCCGGUAGAGCGGGUCUGCCAGGAUUCCCAGGCGUAAAAGGUGAUCGCGGUGAACCAGGUAUUGAUGGACCAAAAGGAUAUCCAGGCAGACGAGGUUUGCCUGGAACUCCAGGUAGACCUGGUGUGGAUGGUGAACCGGGUAUAAAAGGAGAAUAUGGAGAUAAAGGUUCGCCAGGAUUCCCUGGAUUACCAGGUAUGGAAGGAAAACCUGGUCGCCCUGGCAUAUCCGGCCUGAAAGGAGAUCAAGGAUUACCCGGUUCGCCUGGUUUACCGGGACUUAUUGGUUAUGAAGGAGCUAAAGGUGACGUUGGCUUACCAGGACCACCGGGAAGGAAAGGAGAACCAGGACAAGUUUCGGAAAAAGGACAAAAAGGUGAGCCAGGAAUGCCUGGAAUACGAGGUGCUCAAGGUCCUCCAGGACGAGACGGUAUCGAUGGAGCAAAGGGAGAAGCUGGCAGACCAGGUAAUGGUCGUGAUGGAUUGCCUGGAUUGAAAGGAGAAAUAGGCACGCCUGGUCGGGACGGAUUGCCAGGAUUUCAAGGUGAAAAGGGUGACACUGGUGUACGAGGAUUCCCUGGACUAAAAGGCGAUUUGGGUUCACCAGGUAUACCUGGAGAACCAGGAUCACCCGGAAUAGAUGGACUUCCUGGAGAAGUUGGCGAUAUUGGACCACCGGGAGCAACUGGUUUCCCAGGCCUUAAUGGCGAGAUAGGUUCUCCCGGACGACCUGGACUUGAUGGCGUUAAAGGAGAUCGCGGUUUACCAGGACUUGUCGGAUUGCCUGGUAUUUCUGGAGCACUAGGAGAAAAAGGAGAUCGUGGCCCUCCGGGACCAACAGUUCAAAUUAAGGGUGAAAAGGGAGAGCCAGGUAUCCCUGGAUUCUCUGGAUCAAAAGGAGAGAAGGGAGAUCAAGGACUAAUAGGUAUUGCUGGUUAUGAUGGCGAAAAGGGUGACAGAGGUUUACCUGGAGCAGAAGGAUCUCCUGGACCUCAUGGUGCUCCUGGACCUAAGGGUGAACAAGGACUUCCUGGUAUUCCUGGAAUCCCUGGAGUUACGAUAAAGGGUGAAAAAGGUCUGCCAGGUCUUUUGGGUAAGCACGGUAGGGAUGGAUUGUCAGGACGACCUGGAGAAAAGGGUGAGCCAGGAUUGCCCGGUUUGCCUGGACCAAAGGGAGAUAUUGGUCCCUACGGACCGGUUGGACCACAAGGUGAAAAAGGUAAUCAAGGUCCACCAGGUUUGACUGGAUCACCAGGACGCGACGGAGCUCCAGGUCUAGAAGGUGUACCAGGAUUAACUGGUGAAAGAGGUCCAAAAGGUGAUCAAGGAUUGCCUGGAUUAUUUGGCGCUCCAGGAGAAAGAGGAGAACCUGGUCAUCCAGGACCAAGUGGAUUGGAUGGACUUCCAGGAGAGAAGGGUGAAAGAGGUUGGGACGGUGUUAAUGGUCUACCUGGACCGCCUGGCGAAAAGGGUGAUAGAGGAUAUACUGGUGCAAUCGGAUUGAUGGGUGCCAUUGGUUACGUAGGACAAAAAGGUGAAAAGGGUGAAGACUGUAUCGAGCCGCCGAUGGGACCUAAAGGAGAUCGCGGAUAUCCUGGAUCAUCUGGACCGCCUGGUCCUCCGGGAGAGAAAGGACUUUCGGGUCCGCCCGGUUUCCCCGGCUUGGAUGGUAUCAAAGGCGAGCAAGGUUUCAUCGGCCCAGCAGGACCUCCUGGACUGUCAGGAUUACCUGGACCAGUCGGCGCGCCCGGUCUACCAGGUCUUCAAGGUCCAGUCGGUCUGCCGGGACUUAUUGGAGAGCCUGGUGCACCGUGCGAGACGACACCUGAUUAUCUCACCGGUAUCCUUCUAGUCAAACACAGUCAAAGCCAAGCUGUGCCCGUUUGUGAGCCAGGCCAUAUCAAGCUCUGGGAAGGAUACAGUUUACUCUACACGGAUGGUGACGAAAGGGCACAUUCUCAAGAUUUAGGUUAUGCCGGUUCGUGUGUCAGAAAAUUCUCAACGAUGCCCUUCCUGUUCUGCGACGUCAAUAACGUCUGCCAUUAUGCUAGUCGCAAUGAUCGUUCUUACUGGCUAUCGACCAAUAGUCCAAUUCCCAUGAUGCCUGUCGAGGAAACAGCGAUAAGAGAUUAUAUCUCCAGAUGCGUGGUGUGCGAAGUUCCGGCUAAUGUGAUAGCGGUACACAGUCAAUCGAUAAGCAUUCCAGAAUGUCCGACUGGAUGGACCACUCUUUGGAUCGGUUAUAGUUUCGUAAUGCACACCGGCGCCGGUGCCCAGGGCGGUGGCCAGUCCCUGUCGAGUCCUGGUUCCUGCCUGGAGGACUUCCGCGCCACACCGUUCAUCGAGUGUAACGGCGCUAAAGGACACUGCCAUUACUAUUCUAAUCAGUACAGCUUCUGGAUGGUUACUAUAGACGACGGCCAGCAGUUCAGGAGCCCCGAAAAGCAAACUCUAAAGGCGGGCAAUCUUAGGUCCCGAAUAAGUCGCUGCCAAGUUUGUAUAAAGAAUACGUAAAACACACCACGUGCGCCACCGUUUACACGCAAAGAAAUACAUACACACAUGUACACACAUAUACACACGAUACAUUCUCCUCUGCCCCUUUUUUCUUACACGAGAAUAGAAGCGAAAAUAUCACUACGAGUAUAAACGAACGGCGAUUGAGACCGAACCUAAUUUCGUCAAAAGUUCAGAUCUCGAUGCUGGAGAUUCUAUGCGAAAACGAUCUCUAUGUUUAUUCGAGACGGUAAAAUAACGCGAAUCGCGCAAAAUACAUCUCGUCGCGAGGUGCAGUGCGGAAAAUUAGACUCGUUGCAAUUGCGCCGGUUUUGAUCCCCGAUAACGAGCAAGAAAAGAGCGGUAACGUCACGCGAUGGAACAACGGAAUGGAAGUUCAGAGGACUCGCUUGAUUCGCGUCGGGAAAUAAAGAGAACUGACGCAUUCCUCUCCCUUUCUCUCUCUCUCUCUCUCUCUCUCGUGAUUCUUUCUGCCGGAUGUGUUCCGCAACCAUGUCUUGUCUUCAUUAUUUCCUAUUCCCUUGUCCCCCUCGUCGUGUCUACACUUUACAUCCUGGAUAACUUCUUUCCCCUCGAGAACCAUCCUCCUCUCCGCUCGUUACCCGCUCUUUUAUCUUUUCCCACGAGCGCUUCCUCUUUUUCGCCAUAUGUGUUUUUUUUCUUUUUUUUAUAUGUAUAACUUUACAAGCAAGUGCCUCUAGCGUACUACUCUAGCAUGUAAAAUAAUAUAUAUUUAUAUCUUUCGUAUGAAUCUCGUUUUUUUUUUUUUUUUUGAAGUCUAAGUUCAUCGUAACGACACUGCCCAUAUCCAAUAUGGCACAUUUUACAUAUUGUAUAUUAAUAUAAACGAUCUUAGCCUGAUAAUCGUGUGACGCCAAAUAUUUAAAUAAAUAGGUAUUUUGCUACGUAGCUAAUAAAAUUCUAUUUUCAAACUUGACUGACUCAUUUUUGCUUGUUUGUAUAUCCGACCUUAAAUAU